UUGUCAUUAUUUAUAGGUUAUUAUUCUGUUAUGUUACUGGUGCGGCCCACUUGAUUUGUAAUUGGGCUCUGUGUGGCCCCCAAGCUACGAAGAGUUUGACACCCCUGAUAUAGUGUAUUCCACCCACAGAAGAAGAAGAAACAAAGCUUUGCAGUUGCGCACUUUCCCCUGCCCGUGUUGCCUUCAUGAGCUCUCAGCAUCUCUCCCAUAAACUACAAGAUGCACUUGCUGCUGGAAAAUAAAACCGCGCCUUGACUUAAGCUCUCAAAUUAUACUCAGUGUACACGGGAACACUUGUUGGUUGGUUGUUAUUUCGGACCACCGCAAGUCUAUCCGACUUGACAAAGACCACAACAGGAACUGUAGAGGGGAGGAGACCCUGAAGGCAGCACCAGCCGCCUCCUGCUCCAGCAGCAUCACCGCAGAUAAACCACGAUGUGAGUUCGCGCUAAAGUCCGCUCCGUUGAGUGUGGCUGUGUGCUGAGGCAGCACGGAGGAGGCUUCGCCCGGCGUUUUCAGACUUUCAAGAAGACAUGACAGCUGCUGGCGGGACCGUGCCAUAAAAGCAGAAGGUGGGAGACGGACAUAAGGAGAGUCUUCUGACCAGUGAACCUCAACCCCCUGACUCAGGGACACCAUGGGACCCCUCCCCUGUCAUCAUUCCCCGCUCCUCUUCCUCUCCCCCCUCCUCCUCCUCCUCGUCCUGUGCCAUCCCUGCACCACCUUCAAGCCUCAGGUUGUGGAGCGAGCGUCCGCCGCCGAGCCGCCUCAGCCUUCCGGUAACACGUCGGCAUCAGGAACGCGAUCGUGUGCAGGAGAAGUGGUGUGUAGACCUGGCAUCCUGCUGCCAGUGUGGCUACCACUCAACCCUCCAGUUGGCGAGCAGUCGGGGAGGGCAGUCAUCUACUUCCUGUGUCUUAUCUACUUGUUCCUGGGUGUGUCCAUCAUUGCAGACCGCUUCAUGGCAUCUAUAGAAGUCAUUACCUCUCAGGAGAAAGAAGUGACCAUCACCAAACCCAACGGUGAAACUACAGUGACAACAGUACGAAUCUGGAACGAGACAGUGUCCAAUCUCACGCUCAUGGCCCUGGGCUCCUCUGCACCUGAGAUCCUGCUUUCUGUUAUUGAGGUGUGUGGGCACAACUUCGAUGCAGGGGAACUUGGCCCAGGCACCAUAGUGGGCAGCGCUGCCUUCAAUAUGUUUGUGAUAAUUGGUCUGUGUGUGUGGGUGAUCCCCGAUGGAGAGACUCGCAAGAUCAAACACCUGCGAGUGUUUUUCAUCACGGCUUUCUGGAGUAUUUUUGCCUACAUUUGGCUCUACCUCAUACUGGCUGUCAUCUCACCUGGGAUUGUAGAGGUGUGGGAGGCCAUAGUGACACUGCUUUAUUUCCCGGUUUGUGUGAUCUUGGCUUGGAUCGCUGACCGUCGCCUGCUCUUCUACAAAUACAUGCACAAACGUUACCGAGCUGACAAGAGGCAUGGCAUUGUGGUAGAAAUGGAAGGGGACCUUGAACCCAAAGGCGUCGAUGUUAUUAUGGAUGGCAAGUUGUCAGACGGCGCUUCGUGCCCUGGAAACUCCUCCAGUGUGACGGUCUCUGUCCAGACGGGAAAUGAACUUGACCAGAACAAGGAAGAGGUGGUCCGCAUCUUGAAAGACCUGAAGGAGAAACACCCAGACAAAGACCUGGAUCAGCUAAUCGAGAUGGCCAACUACUCUGCCCUGGUUCAACAGAAGAAGAGCCGCGCCUUCUACCGCGUACAGGCAACCCGUAUGAUGAUCGGUGCGGGCAACAUAUUAAAGAAACACGCUGCCGAGCGCGCACGCCGCCCAGAACGACAAGACGCUGACAAGGCCACGUGCUCACAUAUUUGCUUUGAAAAUGCUCAGUACCAGUGUACCGAGAACUGUGGUUUUUUGUCCAUGGGGGUGAUCCUUGAUGGCGGCACGGGUCAGAACACUUUCUAUGUGGACUACUGUACAGAAAAUGGCUCUGCUAAUGCUGGAGCAGACUAUGAGUUCGCUAAGGGAACCCUAGUCUUUGAACCGGGAGAGGUCCGCAAAGAAAUCAAGGUGGGAAUCUUAGAUGACGACGUCUUUGAGGAGGAUGAGCAUUUCUUUGUGCGUCUUCAGAACCUGAGGUUAGAGGAAGGUGGAAAUGAAGGGACAGGAACUCCACCCAAGGGUAAACUAGUGGAGCCGCUGGUUGCCACUGUCACUAUCUUGGAUGAUGACCAUGCUGGCAUAUUCACCUUUGGGCAGCGGGUGCUGCGGGUGAGUGAGAGCACAGGCCUACUCACAGUGACUGUGGUGAGGAACUCAGGCUCCAGGGGCACCGUUGCUGUCCCUUACCGUACGGAGGAUGGCAGUGGCAAGGCUGGAGUGGAUUACGAGGAUACCAGAGGGGAGCUGGAAUUCACCAAUGAACAGACCAGUCAGACGUUACAAGUGCGCAUUAUAAACGUGGAGGAGUACGAGAAGCAGGAGAACUUCUUCAUCGUGCUCGAGGACCCCAAAUGGCUGAAGCGUGGAAUCUCUGGCAAUCCCACCCCCGAGGAGGAAGAGGCCAGGAGGAUCUCAGAGAUGGGCAAACCUAUUUUAGGAGAGCACAGCAGGCUAGAGGUCAUCAUAGAGGAGUCCUGUGAGUUCAAGAGCACUGUGGACAAACUCCUCAAAGACACAAACCUGGCUGUAGUGGUUGGCACACACUCAUGGAGGGAGCAGUUUAUUGAAGCGGUGACAGUCAGUGCAGGUGACGGAGAUGAGGAGGAGGGACAGGAGCAACGGAUGCCGAACUGCUUCGACUAUUUCAUGCACAUAUUGUGCAUUUUCUGGAAGAUUCUGUUCGCUUGCGUCCCGCCCACCGAGUACUGGAAUGGCUGGGCUUGCUUCAUAGUGUCAAUCUGUGUCAUCGGUCUUUUAACAGCCGUUAUUGGAGACAUAGCUUCCCAUUUUGGCUGCACUGUAGGCCUGAGAGACAGCGUUACUGCUGUGGUCUUUGUAGCGCUGGGGACAUCAGUUCCAGACACCUUUGCUAGUAAAGUGGCUGCCACGCAGGACCAGUAUGCAGACGCAUCUAUUGGAAAUGUAACAGGAAGCAACGCAGUUAAUGUGUUCUUAGGCAUCGGAGUGGCCUGGUCUGCGGCUGCCAUAUACUGGGAAGUGAAAGGGAAGGUCUUCCGUGUGGACCCCGGUUCACUGGCCUUCUCCGUCACGCUCUUUACCAUUUUUGCCUUCUUCAGCAUGGGAGUGUUGAUGCUUCGCCGAAGGCCGUCCGUCGGUGGAGAACUGGGAGGGCCACGGAUCACUAAGGUCUGCACUUCCCUACUUUUCUUUGGACUCUGGUUCCUCUACAUCCUCUUCUCCAGCUUGGAGGCCUAUUGCCAUAUAAAAGGCUUCUGAGAGACCACAGCUGGGGAAAGUCAUGACCGCAUGCUAACACACACACACAUUACCAGGGCAUUAACCUGGAAAGUACUGUUACACUAAACACCAGAAUCAACCAAUGUCACCACUUGACAGCUGCUGCCAUGGUUCAUAAAGAAAUGUAUACACACAUACAAAUCUGUAUGUCACAUAAACUGCAGGACAUUUCCGGUCAAUAGAAUCCAUUGUGACGAUAGGGAUUUAUUUACACAUGAAUAAAAUGCAGAGACUGUUUUGAUGAAGAGCAAAUGGUCAGCAUGUAAUUGAUGAUGUCCCUGGAUUUUGCUUGAAACCUGGAUUUUAAGUUUGGUAUUUUUCUCCUUCCGCUUAUAGAGACGCAUCCGGAAUAGAUUACCUAACCUAAUGAAUGAUUUAGAAAAUCAGUGACACCUACUUUCCCCAAUAUGAGUAAGUGAUAACACACAAUAAGCUAUUCUGUAUAAAAAUAACAACUGGAGAACACCACUUUGCUCUUCUCUAUAACGGUGGAGUCGGUUGUAUUUUAUAUCGGGACACCUCUCAGUGUGUCAUCAAGCUUAUAUCAUGGCCACUUAUCCAAAGCAAAUAUAGAAGCUUUAAAUCACCCAUUGUGUUAUAAUUGGUUUGCUGUCCGUAAAAGCAUGUCAAUUUUGAAUGGAACCCUGCCAGCCAAUCAGAUGUAAGUGUUUUCUGUGGCCAUUGUACAGUAUAUCACAGUUGAGCACAGUUUGGUUACUAUUUGCAGUUUGACGGAUGAGCUACAGUUGUGAAAUAUCUUGCACUGCUAAACUGUAUUUCUGUGUUGUGACACAAAGUAUUGCUUGUCAUGCACUGCACCUACUGAAUUUGAACUUGCUUUAAGUGUUAUGAAAAUAAUAGUAGUAAUGAUUGUAAAUGCACUACAUGGACCCAAGAUUGAAAUGUGAAACUGAUGAAGAUUUACACAGGCGAUGGAUUUUUGAUAAGCACAUGGCCAUUUAGUGCGACUGUUUAAAAGUGAUGACUCAUUCACCCCCGAAGUCUUAUCUGUUUAUUUAUCAAUGGUGUAAUUAAAUGUAUUUCUAAUUUGUUGUAUUUCAGCUGAUAUCGACGGAAGCAUAUUGUCCUUUAUUGUAAGUUGUCAUAAUUACAGUGAAAUUUUGACUCAGUGUGUACCCGUUGGAUCCAUUCCCCAUGCUGGUUGUGUCAGACCUAUAUUCACAUUUGUUCAGUAGGUAAUGUCACAUAUUAUAUGAUGUAUUCCAUGUUAAGUACAAGAUAUAUUGCACCCGAAACAAUAAUGUGGAAAUUGGCUUGAGGGCUCUAAAAUGCUAUUAAAAGAAACUGAUUUCAGAA